AUGCAAACGCGUCGUUCUGCUAGUGUUGGGAAUGAAGAACAACAACACUCUUCAUGGCAGCAAUCGGAACAUGAAACUAAAUCAUCCUCCUCUGUAAAGACCACCACGAUUAAAACAGAGCAACAAUAUUCAAGUGAUUGGUAUCCGACAUUCCGAAAAGUUUUUUAUCUUGCACUGAUCGUUUUAAGUUUAUUUUGUGUCUACAAACGAUUACUAAGCACAGAAUCGGAUGCAUUUAAAACACUAGCCAUCAAAUUAGAUGUUUUUGUAAAGAAUAUGUUACUCUUGAUACUCGCUACAAGUGUUUCAUGGUUCACCGUUUCCCAAUUGUUGAAUCAAAUAUUCCCAAAAUUUGGCUUGAAAGAAAAAUCAACUCUGGGAACUUUGUUUAUUUAUGUAUUAAUUUAUUUGAAUGUAGCCAUGUAUUUACAAACAUUUUCAAACAUGAAUGGAAGAAUGGGAACAUGGACAUGGAGAGUUUUGGUUUCCUAUGCAAGUGGAUUUUGGCAAAUGACAUGCAUGUUUUUUACCAUUUUUAUGGGAUUGUUCUAUCUUCCAUUAUAUUUCACAUUGGCAACAAAACGAAUUGAAAAAUUUGCUCACAUUCUCAAAGCAACCCUGCUUGUCAUUGUACUCGUGUUGUGCCUCUUUGGUUUAUUUCAUACAUUGGGUCAAAGAGAAGUGAUGAGAUACACGCUCGACGUGUCAUCAUCCAUGAAAAGCAAAAAACAAGUAGUGAAAAUCAUUCCAGUCAGUGAUGUUCAUUUGGGAAUUUAUAUGAAUGUUCAAGAUUUGCAAAAACUGUCCAUGGAGAUUAUUUCUCUCGUGAAUGAAGAUCCUGAAAAUACUCUUAUAUUAUUUAUGGGCGAUUUUUUCACAUUCGAAUCUGAAUUUAACGUUGCCUAUGAAGAUGCCAUUUAUGAAGGAUUGAAACCACUUUCAAAGUUACACCAUGAUAAGGUAUAUGUUGCUUUGGGAAAUCAUGAUUAUGAUCUCAUUGAACAUGUAUUGAAACAAUUAGAAAAAUUGAAAUUCAAAGUAUUAAGAGAUGAAUCUCUAUAUUUGAAGGACAAGAACAUUCAACUAGUUGGAUUUAAUUUUGCUUUCAAGAAUGCUGAAGAAAAAACCAAAACUGUCAUCAUUCAAAGUUUGCAAUCAUCGUUGGAUUUCAAUGUCAAACUACGACUUUUAUUAUUACAUCAUCCAAGUCAUUUUCAAUAUGCUGCUUCAGAAUUAAGCGAACACUCCUCCCCACUCCAUCCAUUACCUUUAAAUUUAAAAACUGGUUUUGUCAAUGCCGUAUUAGGAGCUCCAGAUUAUGCAUGGUACAGUUUUGAUCAAGAAAAGAAUAAGGUCAUGCAAACUCAUUUCGAAGAAAAUACCAAGUUCAUCUCGCAAGAUGUUUUUACUCCACGAUUAUAUGUUGUGAGUGGAAGUGGAUUUUAUGGACCUCCUUUAAGAAUUGGAACCAUUAAUGAACUUCCUUACAUUGAGAUUAUUUAUUGA